GGGUUUCGCCGCCCUGGUGCCGGCUUCGUCGCCUGACCAUUCCUAAUUAUUACCUUUUGCACCACUUCGUGCACAAAUGCUCGAGUCGCGAGGUGUGGACUCAAUCCUGCACACCAUUCCGUAUGAUUUGGUAUCUUCUCUACCCAUUCCGAGGAACCACUGAACCACCUCAUCUGAGCUCGAAUCACCCGAUCCGGAAAACUUUCUAUCGGUACGGGGCCGGCGCUGCGCGUCACUGGCUACAAUGGAUUCUCUUCUCGGUCGCGAUUGCGGUGUUGCUCUGCUACCCGGUGUUCUUCCUCUACGACAACCCAACGGCCGGCUUUCGGAAGCUGCCGCACCACGUCUGGACAUCUGCGAAGGCGUAUGAAGGGCGUCCGGAUGUCAAAGCCGAUGUGGAAGUGCGACAGGUGUGGGUCCAUGGGAGCUAUAUGAGGGCGCUGGAAAAGGAGUUGCUGUUGGAGGCAUUGGACGUGCAAGAGCAUCUCGUCGGAGCUCCCUAUGGCAACGAUAUGGAGUCUGGCCAAGGAGUUUUCGAUGGAGCCACCGAAUUCGACAAUCCCCUGUCCCUUUCCUGGGGCAUCCACUCACCGCUGAUGUUUUGGAACUGCUCGUCCGCAGCGAUCCGGUCCGACGACGACAUCCUAGCGACCAUCAACAGCCAGAGCCAGUGCCAGACCUAUCUCAACUUCACUCUUCGACCAACCUCGGUUUUUGCGGGAAAAUUGUUCGUGAAGGACCGUCUGGCUGCAGCCGACGCGCUGGUGGUCACUUUCUUUGACCGGUCGGGGAGCGCCACCGAACAACAGUGGGAAGAGCGGAUGAAGGCUCUGGUCAACGAAUCCGCAGGGCGCUUGACCUUCUACCCUUCAGACGGGAACGUUACAGGAAGCCAGUUGUACGAGUUUACGUUUCAGCCGUUGAGUUUUAAUGACGAUUUUAUGCUUGCGGUUGCGUAUCUCUUGACGGCAGUGUACCUUACAAUCAGCCUGGGCAAUCAAAAGGCGGUUAAGAGUCGAUUUGGACUGGUGCUGGCGAUCGUCACGGAGAUCGGAGUAUCCAUUGUUGCCAGUUUCACGAUCUGCGGGUUGUUGAAAAUCGAUUUAGCACGGAUCCCGCGUGAAGUAUAUCCUUUCGUCGUUGUCAUUCUAGGUUUGGAGAAUAUGUCCGUCUUGAAUCUUGUUGUCAACUUGUAUCUGGAUUAUGUCCAUCCUAACGUUUUCAGGUUUCGUCUAAUAAAUGCCGUGUUCGCGUUGCCGCCACAAACCUCAGCUAUUGUCCGAGUUGCAAAUGCCCUUGGCGAUGUCGGGCAUCUGUCCCUAGCUGCCGCAUUUCAGAACCUCUGUGUGCUGUGGUUGCUCUCGAAAGUCGUAUCUCCUGGUGUCUCGGCCUUCUGCGCAUAUGCCGCAGUCGCCCUUAUCUUCGACUUCAUGUUCCAUUUGACCUUCUUGGUCGCAGUCCUUAGCGUCGACAUCCGGAGAAUCGAGCUUCAGGACUCGCUUGAUAAAGUUACUAUCGGCAACACACCGCCAAAACAAGGGGCGCAUGAACGGAAGUACUGGCUUGUGGAACUCUUUGCAGGCAAGCUACCGUUCAGCACUCGGAUUGCUGGGUCUGCGGUGACGAUUUGCUUCGUUUUAGCGCUUAAUGGGCAUUUUGAUUAUCCUGCCCGUCCCGCCUCAAUACUCAAGCUUGUUCGAUGGGUCUUUUCGAGCCGCAAUACAUCCCAUCCUUUGGCUCAUCCGACACCUGCUCCUAUCAACCAAGCCAGGACCCCAGCGGCAUGGCUCCGAAUGCAAGACUAUGCAACCGCGAGGGAAGUGGUGGGAUUUGUUAAGCCUGGAGGAUAUAGCUUCUUGGCCCGAGUAUAUGAUCCGUUGUUUGUGGUGCUCGCCGGAGCCAAUCGGUAUGCGGAAGUCGAGCAAAAUCACUCCAUUUUGACGACUAUCCAGGAAGCCGUAUCCGAGCAUGUCUUCCACUUCACAAUUAGUCUUGUGUUCGCCAUCGCCGUGAUAACCUUGCUGAUGAACUACUUACUGUUCAAAGAGCUCCCUGAGGAUGACUUGGAGCUCGUCGAAAUUGAGGAUCGACUCUUCACUUUCAACUCCUUGCCGAUUAUACACUCUCUAGACGUCACGAAGCUGGUCAGCUCCCGGAAAGGCCAUUUCGUUUCGAUCUCGCUUGAUCGCCUUGUAACGAUCCACAUAUACGACGUCAAAAGCGGCGAAUACAGCCAGCACGCUAUUGCCACCAUGGCCGUGGUCCCUCCUCUUUGGCCCAUCGUGGCCUGCUCGAUUGACGAUACCGGAACGUGGAUUGCCAUGUGCGCCGAGAGCGGGUCAAUUGCCAUCUGGAGCAUCCCACGGAGAGGAAUAUCUUGGAUAUGCCGACUCGAUCUCCCUCAUUUCCCCCUGUGCACCUUCCAGUUUGCAACGAUUUCGCAUGACGAUGUUGGCGCUAUCAUUCUCUUGACAGUCACACCGUCGGGCUGGCUUGUUGAAAUCGAUCCGGUGCAAUCGUCCAUUCGACCAUCUCACCGAGUCUACGACGGCCGGAUUAUUUCUUCGACUCUCAUAUCCCGGCCAUCACAGCAUCCGCGACUGCUUAUCACCACCCAGAAAGGAGAGACGCUCGUCGCAUGCAGAGACGCGAACGGUUCUUGGGGCUCCAGCCCCCUGACUACAGCUAUCAAUCCAGAUUACCGGCCACGAGCUACGGUCAGCAUCAGCGCGCUUGGGUUGUGUGCAGUCUUGGCCGCCGACAAGGUCAUCGUAUGCGAUUCUUCCACGCUGAGCGAAAUCGAAAUUCUUCAUUUCGGGAAGAUUAAAAUGUCGUCCUUCCGAUUUCUACAUUCACAGCGACGAUCGUGUCAUUCAUGUGGUGGUACGGCGGUGCACUCCAUCUGCAUCGCAUACGCCGACGCGGUCGAGGACCGUUGCAGGUUCCACACCUUCACCGCAAAGGGCGGGGAGUCUGCUCUGAUUUGUCUUCGGGACGCGACGAAUCCGUCGCAGAAGUCGUGUAAGGGCCUUGGCGAUGCAACGGAAGCCGUGCACACCAUUCCGUGCCCGGGUGCAUGGGAAGCCACCUCUGACAAGUCGCUCGUGGGAUUACGGCGAAAACCCAUGACGAACGGCGACAAGAUAGGCAGCGCUUCCACCACUUCCGCCAUGCAAUCCGAUAAAAUCCCGCUGCCUCACUCCGCCAGCGCACCGAAAUACCGCCUUCGAUCCAACAACCGCGCAGUGCUUCCGAACUCUUCUCGCAUUCUAUCGGCGCCAUGGGAAGUGUGGACGAUCUCAUCCUCUGGAGAGUUCCAAACAUCGCCGCUGAACCAGGAGGAGGGCAAAUCGAGAACCAAGCCUGUAUCUGAUGGGCUAUUUGUAUCGCGUCCCGGCCCGAUGGCACGGCUGGGAAAGUGGAGUGUCGGCGUUGGAUUUGCCAAUCAGGUGAAGAUCAUAAGCCUGGGUCCUGAGAAGUCGAUCGUUGAAGAGGAUGAUUACGUGGAUGCGUCGGCGACGGUGAAGUGGCGGCGACGGAAUCCUUCGAAGAAGACGGCAUGAUCAUGACAUGGUGGGAAUUUGAAUUCGUUUAUGUAGCGGGGGUGUUUUUAGGAUCUAGGUUGGCGGAGGUCUUCUACUCAGUUGGGUUCGCUCUGGGCUUUGGGUAUAGAACAU